AUGUUUUCGAACGGUCUUCCUUGCAACUUACCGUUUCCCAGUUGUUUGGGCAUAUCGAAAGACAGUGGGAAUGAUGAAUUGCUGCCCUCCAAUACUGGCAACCGGGAACCCGUCAUCUUAAAUGUAUACGAUAUGUAUUGGAUUAACGAGUACACAACUUCAAUUGGUCUGGGGGUUUUUCAUUCGGGCGUAGAAGUUUUUGGCACAGAAUUCGCCUAUGGAGGUCAUCCCUUUCCCUUCACUGGAGUAUUUGAGAUAACACCGCGGGACCAUGAUGAACUGGGCGAUCAGUUUCAAUUCAGACAAAGUAUACAAAUAGGAUGUACAGAUUUCACGUAUCAGGAAGUCCGUCGUAUUGUAGAGGAGUUGGGAAAUCAAUUCAGAGGUGAUCGUUAUCAUUUAAUGAACAAUAAUUGCAAUCAUUUCUCCAGUGCACUUACUCAGAUCCUUUGCGGCCAAGAAAUUCCCAGUUGGGUAAAUCGUUUAGCCCAUUUCAGUUCAUGUGUACCUUUUUUACAAAGAUGCUUGCCAAAAGAAUGGCUGACUCCGAAUGCCUUACAACAGAGCAUAACCGCUAUUCAGGAGCGUGAUGAUUCCGAAAACAGUCCCCUUUGAGAUAGGGCCUAACAUGGCCAUUCUACUUCAUAAUCGAAUCAAUGCACCAAUUUGUACUAUAUACAUACAUACAUACAAAUCACACAUACAUAUAUAUAUUCAUAAAAUUUUAAUUUUUACCUUUUUUUUUGUCUUAUUUCAAAAUGAAUGAAUGAAAAAAUAACAAAACCACAAAAAACUCAUAUAAUUUUAGUAUAAAGAAAAAAGAAAAGAAAAACAAAACAAAAAUAAUUUGAUGAUUAAUUAACGAAAAUGAUAAACGAUGAUAAUAGAAUAUAUUAACACUAAGAAAAAAUUAAAGUUAAUACAA